AUGUCCGAACUUGAGGAUAUAAACCAUGAAAUUGCAAGACUAAGACAAGAAUAUGAAUCUCACUUAAAUAACAACACUCCUUCGGCCAGGGUGCAGUAUGAGUACGCUUGUAUGCUCAUGUGCUCUCCCAAGUCCUCCGAUAUUUCCACCGCCAUCGACUUGUUCGAUGAGUUGAUAAGGAUACAAUACCAAAGCGUAAACUGUAUGUAUCAACUGGCUAUGUGUUACAUAAAGAAGAAGAAGUAUGGGAAGGCAAGGAAGUACUUGGAGCUGAUUCUAAGAGUCGUAUGUCGCUCCCUUUUAAUUGAAUUGCUUAGGAUCCUAGAAAUCAGAUGGCUUUGUCCCUUAAGAGCGUUCUUUAUGUCUUACUUUCAGAGGGCGAUGUUCGGAACCAUCUUUGCCAUAAUGACUGGUUUGUUUUUAGGCUUUAACGCCCUUCAGGAUUCUGCGUGUUCUCUAUGUAUAAGCUUUGGAGGAGAUAAUUCGUCGAUACAUGGAGCAUAUGUGUUUAUUUAA